UUGUAAACUUUCUUCUUCUUCUUUGUGUCUCUCUUUUUCAUGCUCCAGAGCUAACUCACUCGUUUACUCCAGAAUAAUAUAUCGAUUUCUGAUUCAAGCUUGUCGCUCGCACUUGUUCCAAAUCCAAGUUCUAGUCACAUGUAAGCACCUGGCACUACAGAAUCCAAAGGCCUCAUACAGACACAAGUGUGUGUGUGUGUAUCCACCAAUCUCUACAGAAUCCAACUCCUGAUUUCUUGGUGUCAUUUCAAAUACUCAAAUGGUUACAUAAGCCCAGGGGAAGAAAAACUCAGUGCUUUUCAUGAUGAUAAGAGAAGUUUCCAUGGUGAAAGCAAUAGGAGUUGUGUUGUUAUGUCUUUCUGUCUUGUUGGUCAUUCCACAGGAAUGUGCUGGUAAAAAUGCUCUCUCAAGAAACUCGUCUUCUUCUACUUCACCACCAUUAAUGCAGAGGCCAAGCUCUGUAAACGUUGGAGCUCUAUUUACUUAUGAUUCUUUCAUCGGAAGAGCAGCUAAACCAGCCUUUAAAGCCGCAAUGGAUGAUAUUAAUGCAGACCAAACCGUACUUAAGGGUACUAAGCUUAAUAUUAUCUUUCAAGACUCUAACUGCAGUGGAUUUAUUGGCACCAUGGGAGCUUUGCAGCUGAUGGAAACACAAGUGGUUGCAGCCAUUGGUCCACAAUCUUCAGGGAUUGCUCACAUGAUCUCCUACGUAGCUAACGAGCUUCACGUACCACUCUUGUCAUUUGCAGCAACAGAUCCAACUCUUUCCUCUCUACAAUACCCUUACUUCCUCCGCACCACACAAAACGAUUACUUCCAAAAGAAUGCCAUCACAGACUUCAUAUCCCACUCCGGAUGGAGACAAGUCAUUGCCAUAUACGUUGAUGAUGAGUACGGUAGAAACGGGAUAUCUAUUCUAAGCGAUGCAUUAGCCAAGAAACGCUCCAAGAUCUCUUACAAAGCAGCAAUCACACCCGGUGCAGACUCCACCUCCAUAGAAAGCCUUUUGGUCUCUGUUAAUCUGAUGGCUUCUAGAGUUUACGUUGUCCAUGUGAAUCCUGACUCUGGUUUGAACGUUUUCUCGGUGGCUAAGUCUCUUGGAAUGAUGGGGAACGGUUAUGUUUGGAUUGCAACGGACUGGCUUCCUACAGCUUUGGAUUCCAUGGCUCCUGUGGGUUCAGACACCAUGGAUCUCUUGCAAGGAGUGGUUGCUUUUCGUCAUUACACAACCGAGAGUACUAUGAAGAGACGGUUUAAGGAGAGAUGGAAGAAUGGUUUCAACUCUUAUGCAUUGUAUGCUUAUGAUUCUGUUUGGUUAAUAGCUCGUGCACUCGAUGUUUUCUUCAGAGAAAACAAUAACAUAACAUUCUCCAGCGAUCAGAGUCUGCACAAAAAAAGUGAUAGCAGUAUUCAGUUAUCAGCACUAAGUGUGUUCAACGAAGGAGAAAAGCUUCUAAAGAUCAUUCUUGGGAUGAAUCAUACUGGUGUAUCCGGACGAAUCCAGUUUGAUUCAGAGAGAAACCGGGUUAACCCGGCUUAUGAAGUCCUUAACAUAGAAGGCUCAGGUCCACGGAGAGUUGGUUACUGGUCAAACCAUUCAGGUCUCUCAGUGGUGACUCCAGAAACAUUAUACUCUAAGCCUCCAAACACAUCAAUAGCGAACCAACGUCUUUAUGGAAUCAUAUGGCCAGGUGAAGUGACUAAGCUUCCUCGUGGUUGGGUGUUUCCUAAUAACGGAAAGCCGCUGAAAAUAGCAGUGCCUAACCGUGUGAGCUAUAAAGAUUACGUCUCUAAAGACAAGAAUCCUCCUGGUGUUAGAGGCUAUUGUAUUGAUGUCUUUGAAGCUGCGUUAGAGUUGCUUCCCUAUCCUGUUCCAAGAAACUAUGUACUAUAUGGAGAUGGGAAGAAGAAUCCUUCUUACAACAAUCUUAUCAAUGAAGUUGUUGUAGAUAACUUUGAUGUAGCUGUAGGAGAUAUUACCAUUACUACCAACAGGACAAGGUUUGUGGAUUUCACACAGCCGUUUAUAGAAUCAGGGCUUGUGGUGGUGGCUCCGGUUAAGGUGGCUAAGUCUAGUCCUUGGUCAUUCCUGAAACCAUUCACUAUAGAGAUGUGGGCUGUCACUGGAGCCUUCUUUCUCUUUGUGGGCGCCAUCGUAUGGAUUCUUGAACACAGAUUCAACCAUGAGUUUAGAGGUCCUCCUAGGCGUCAACUCAUCACCAUUUUCUGGUUUAGCUUCUCCACCAUGUUCUUCUCUCAUAGGGAGAACACAGUGAGCUCAUUAGGGAGAAUGGUGUUAAUCAUAUGGUUAUUCGUGGUUCUGAUCAUCAACUCAAGCUACACAGCUAGUCUCACUUCAAUCCUAACCGUUCAACAGCUCACAUCUCGGAUUCAAGGAAUAGAUAGCUUGAUAGCAAGCAACGAACCAAUUGGUGUUCAAGACGGUACUUUCGCUAGAAACUAUCUAGUCAACGAACUUAACAUAGCUCCUCAUAGGAUUGUUCCACUAAGAGAUGAAGAACACUACCUUUCUGCUCUUCAACUUGGUCCCAAAGGUGGAGGUGUUGCAGCCAUUGUAGACGAGCUUCCUUACAUCGAAGUCCUUUUGACAAAUAGUAACUGCAAGUACCGUACAGUAGGACAAGAGUUCACACGCACAGGCUGGGGUUUCGCAUUCCAGAGAGACUCUCCUUUAGCAGUGGACAUGUCAACGGCUAUCUUGCAGCUCUCUGAAGAAGGGGAGCUUGAGAAGAUACACAGGAAAUGGCUUAACUACAAGCAUGAAUGUUCAAUGCAGAUCUCAAACGGCGAGAACUCUCAGCUUUCGCUCAAGAGUUUCUGGGGACUCUUUCUUAUCUGUGGCAUCACUUGCUUUGUGGCGCUUACUAUCUUCUUCUGGAGGGUUUUCUGGCAGUACCAGGGGUUAUUGCCAGAUAGUGGGGAUGAGGAAAGGGCGUGUGAUGUGACUGAGACACCUCGAUCAGGGAGAGGUUUACGAGCACCAAGUUUCAAGGAAUUGAUCAAAGUUGUGGAUACGAAGGAGGCAGAGAUCAAGGAGAUGCUGAAACAGAAGAGUAUCAAGAGACUCAAGAGUAGCCAAAGUGGAGCUGGGAGUUCACAUUCACAACGUACUGACAUUCCUUAA